GAAAGUGCACUUCUGGAACAGCUUGUUUGGAAAUAGUGAGGUUCAGGACCUCAUGGUCCCGGGUCAGACCCGACUUGGAGAGACCGCAGGACCUACAAAUUCUAAAGUAGCGUGUCUGCGCACGAGUGUAGUCGGUCUCUGACUAGUGUGUCUGUCACGGCUGCUUUGAUUUAUUUGUCAAACCACUCUUAUCCUCACUCCUAUCUCCCCGGACACCUGAACAGUCUACAGAUGACUUGUUUCUUGGACUCAUUGACUUCUUUGAGCGUUUGACAUGUUUCUCAUGUUUGUGUUUUCUGCAUUCUUCUCUGACACUGUUAUGAUGCGGAGUUUUUUGAAAUAUUGCUUGAGUUUUCCUGGACCAGAAUGAGCUAGACAAGGAGUGGCCCGGGGGCCAUCAGCGGCCUGCUGUCCCUACUCACCCUACAGGUUGUGCUGUGACCCCUCUUAGUCAACCACAAUUUCUUUGUUUGUUCACUGAAAGGAUUCAAAAGCAUUCACUUCACUUUUAAUACAAAACUGGAUUUGCUCCUUUCAAUGUUUCUUGCUAUUCUAUUCAGUUCGUUAUGUGGACAUCUUUUAUGACUGAAGUUCAGUAAUGUUAUUUUCCAGCUGUUUGUCGAGUAAAUACCUGAAUGGUGUAUUUAAACUGCGUGUUUUAUGACAGCGGUUCUAAUGACGGAGAAAACGGCUGUGAAUGCGGACACUACAUUUCCCAUAAUGCCCCGCGCGGAGGAGGAGACGCCGCGCACUAUAAAUCUGUCACAAUCGCAACAUGCUCGACAAUAUUGAUCACAACUUAUCGUCGCCGCUCCGCCUGUCUCGGUUCGACUCCGCCGGGACAGAGUUCGCUGCACCCCGAUGUUUUUAGCUGCGCGCGGCUCGGCUGGCGACCAGUUAGCCGCUGAAGCUAAACAAUAACAACUGCAGGAGAGCCGCUCGGAACCAUGGCCGUGAAGGGGUCCAAGGUGGCGGUGGGCUUCGUCGUGGCGGGGGUCCUGGCCGUGUUCUUCGGGCUCGUGCUGACCUUCGUGGGUCCGAUCAUCAUCGAUGACCAGAUCGUGAAGAACACCAUCAUCGACCCCAACAACGAGCUGACCUACACCAUGUGGAAGGACAUCCCCGUCCCCUUCUUCAUGUCCGUCUACUUCUUCAACAUCCUGAACCCGCAGGAGUUCCUGAACGGACAGAAGCCGAUGGUGGAGCAGCGCGGCCCCUACGUCUACAGGAAGCGCUGUCAGAAGGACAACAUCACCUUCCACCCCAACGACACGGUGUCGUACCGCGAGUACCGCCAGUACUUCUUCGAGCCCGACAUGUCCGCCGGGAAUGAGUCGGACAUAGUGACCAUCCCCAACAUGCUGGUGCUGGGCGCCGCUGUGAUGAUGGAGAAGCUACCGUACCCCAUGAGGCUGAUGGUCAGCGCCACCUUCAAGUCCUUCAAAGAGGGGCCCUUCCUGACCAAGACGGUGGGGGAGCUGAUGUGGGGCUACGACAGCGGCCUGGUGGACUUCCUCAAUAAAUACUUUCCCGGCAUGCUGCCCUCCACCGGGAAGUUCGGACUCUUCGCAGAGUUCAACAACUCCAACACUGGCCUGUUCACCACCUUCACCGGGCAGGACGACAUCAGCAAAGUCCACCGUGUGGACUCCUGGAAUGGCCUGACGGAGCUGAGCUACUGGAGGACGCUGCAGGCCAACAUGAUCAACGGCACCGCUGGGCAGAUGUGGCCCCCCUUCAUGACCAAGGAGUCCACGCUGCCCUUCUACAGCCCCGACGCCUGCAGGUCACUGGAGCUGGUCUACCAGCGGCCGGGCACGGUGAAGGGGAUCCCUCUGUACCGGUACGUGGCGCCCAAGACCAUGUUCGCCAACGGCACCGACUACGCCCCCAACGAGGGCUUCUGCCCCUGCAGGCAGUCUGGACUGUUGAACGUCAGCAGCUGCAGGAGCAAGUCUCCUGUCUUCAUCUCCCACCCCCACUUCUUCAACGCCGACCCGGUGCUGCUGGACUACGUGGAGGGUUUGAAUCCCACUGAGGACGAGCAUGGCCUCUUCAUCGACAUCCACCCGCAAACGGGCGUCCCACUCAACGUCUCCAUCCGCUUGCAGCUGAACCUCUACGUGAAGGAAGUGAGAGGAUUUAUGGAGACCGGCAAGAUCUCCGAAGUGGUGAUGCCCAUGAUCUGGUUUGAGGAGAGAGGGAACAUUGAUGGGCCGAUCGUCGACACCUUCUACACUAACCUGGUGGUUCUUCCUGCCGUCAUGGAGUAUAUGCAGUACGGCUUCAUCGCCCUCGGCACCCUCACUGUCAUCAUCGCUGCUCUGGUGCACCGUCGACUCAAGAUGAAUCUGCCAGAACAUUAUGACCUCCUGAAUGGAACAAGUGCUGGACGAUGGUCAUAAUGUUUUGGCUUACUUGAGCUCCAGCUAGGUGCUAGUGGUGAGGACAGAGGUGUCUUCGCCCUGCAGUAACCCCUAGCGGGAGCUGGUGGAACUGCACUGCUCUGGAGUCGGUGUCCUCAACAAUGAACAAGGAUGAUGGUUUGGUACUGAGGCUGUGUGUG